UUUAGGAUUUGGGCCUACUCCUUCCAAGCAUGGCUUCAUGUGUAAUAAUUUUGACCACUUAAGAAUGGUUUCUGAUGAAGAGAGAAUGAGAGACAAAGACACUAUAAUUGAGUUGAAGGAACAACUAAAAACUCAAGGUGAUCAGUUGCAAACUCAAGGUAUUCAGUUGCAAGCUCAAGAUGCUGUAAUAAACUCUUUAAAAGAGCAAGUAGCAUUUUUGAUGAGUCAGAGACAUAGUUCUAGUGGUUUGCAGGCGACAGAUGGAUCUAGUGGCAUUCCGGACCAAGCUUCUCCACGAACACAUCAAAGAUCCUCUUUUGGGAGUCAUGAAAUGCAACCUUCUAAUCGAGGAAAUAAGAUAAUAUGAAGUAUCAAACAAUGGACGUCAUUUCUCGAUUUGAACAUUUUUCAUGGAGAUCUUUAUAAAACGGUGUCAUGAGUAAUACUUUUGAGUACUAUUGUUAUGUGACAAGUUUUUCUUUUGGAUUAUGGUGUGGGCUAUUAGUUUGCUAG